UAUAUUUCAUCAAUCCCUCAGGUACGCAAAAGCAGAUAACAUCAACUGUCCUUUUCAAGACAUCCUGGUUGAAAUGCUUAGCAAAUGCAUCGAUGUCUGAAGUCAUUUGGUCGCAAUAUCUAAGCAACCCCAGAUCUAAGCUUUGACUUAGUCCAGAAUUUCCAUUGAUGAAUGGUAUUCCUCAUUUCAACAGAUCCUGGGAAAUGUUUGGGCAAAAAAAAUUGAACUUGACCUCUGUUCGUCCUCAGGUCAGCGCGACCUUGGGGGAAGUGACCUGAUGGACAGGGAGGAAGGAGAAUCGUUACCAUGGCAACAUGACAUCAGGGAGUCAGGACCCCCGGCAAGAAUCUCGUCUGUUUCUGUGACUCCAAAUAAGUCUGAGGGACAUUCGGUUGGUCAUACCUGCUGGCAAUGUGGGCUAAAUUUUGACUCAAAUCAAAUACUGCUAAACCAUAUGCAAAUCAUCCACCACUUGGUGAUCGGACCACAAGAUAACAAGGAAGAACCUGUAGGGGAAACUUCUGAUGGUGGUGCAGAAGCGACGUUAAUUACAUGGAGUGGCCAGUGGGACCAAGGAACCUCAUCUGUCAAUCCAGAACUGUCUUCUGAAAAUGCACACGAGUGUUCUCACUGUGGUGAAAUGUUUGACACGCGUACCAUGCUAUACAGGCACACAAGAUCCCAACACCAGAGAACAACGUGUACGAUUUGCGGCCUAGAGUUGUCCAACAGGUUCAAUCACGACAGGCAUGUCAAGAUGAAGCAUAGCAGCCAACGAGACUUUGCCUGUGCUUUGUGUGCAAAGACCUUUAAACGGAGUGACCACUUAAACAGGCACAUGCAAAAUACUCAUUCAUCUUGGUGAGAUCGUUUUUCUGGGAAGUCAAUAUGUUUCAAGGAUGACCCCAAAACACCAAAACAGGGACUUAAAGUGUUUCUUACACAUGUGUUGAUGAAAGUCAACAGCGGGUAUUACAGUGUUUCCUAAGGCACUAGACCGUUUUGACGAGGAUUAUACAAAUGUAUUCCCACCGUCCUUCUGGAACACAAAAGCACAUAACAUCAACUGCCCUUUUCGAGACAUCCCGGUUUAGCAUGUCCAAUGUCAUUUUCAGCUGAAACAAACUGUUUCACUAUCAACUGAGCUGACAUUUGUAUAUUAUGGCAAUAUCUGGCAACCCCUGAUCUAAUCGUUGACUCUCCAUUUUACAUUAUUGACUGUUCUGCAGAUGCGACAACUCAUAAAAAUAUAAUAUUACCGGUAUUCACACCCUGACCCUGCACAUAUUAUGUAAACCUGGAAGACUUGUGUAGAGAUCUUUCCUUACUUUUCCACCAGACCUAGUACAAAAUGUCCAUUGAUGAAUGGUAUUCCUCAUUUCAACAGAUCCUGGGAAAUGUUUGGCCAGAAAUUGAACUUGACCUCUGUUCAUCCUCAGGUCGUGACCUCGCGAUAGUUGGCGUGGUGGAAAGGACUGGAGGAGGCACAACCCCACGGACCGUGGAACACGGCGUCACGCAGCCUGUACCACUGUCGGUCUCUGUGAAUCCUAACUAUCCCAUGGGACAGGAGCACACAAACGUGCACACCUGUAGUCAGUGUGGAGAGACGUUCGGGUCACAAGAGGGGCUGCGUUACCAUGUGCAGUACCUGUGCAACCAGGUUCCACGGACUAGUCACAAUGAGCCUCCAGGUAGUACAGACAGCCAACCGCUGGGCACACACAUGCGACCUGACGAAACUGCAGAAGGGACUAUGUUUCAUCCAUGUUCGGACUGUGAUCUGACCUUCCUGUCAAACGCUAGUCUCCAGUUACACAUACAGACUGACCACCAGAAGGUCCACUGUACCAUAUGCGGCUUGAACCUGUCCUGUAAGUCCAGUCUGGAGAGACACAUCAGGGCCGUACACAAAGCGCUGCGAGAACACGGCUGCGGCGUCUGCGGAAAGAAAUUUAAACGGAGGGACCACUUACAGAGACACAAGCAGAACACUGGUCACCUGCAUCACGAUCAGUGAUGCCAGCGUCUUUCCGUGAUACUUGGAAAACAUCUAGAAAUGUUUUCGUUUCCAAGCACGUUUGUCCCUUCAUGUUGGCCAUGGAAUUCAAAGAAGGUACAUUGGUUAUAGAGUAAAUGGUCGACUUGCGUAACAAUAUAUCAUAUCCAUGAAAAAGAACAGUUUGUUCUUUCCAGAAUUGUGCUGCUUACGUGAUGUGAACAAUCGUUAAUUGUUAAGGAGACAUAACAGUUUGAUCACUAUUUUCAAAUCAAUCUUGUACAUAGAUUUUGAAUAAUGUCAUGAAUACAUGGUCAUUCGUGAAUAGUUUCAUCAGGUUGGUAAGGCACUAAACGAAGAGACUUUCUUUACACAACCAAGUGUUCUAUUCAGCCAACUUUUCAAUGACCGUCUGCCGCCUUCCUUAGGGCAACCAAUUCUGACUGGUUCACAUUGCGACGAAACAUUGGCUGAACAAAACACUUGGUUUUGUAAAAAAAGAUUCAUACAUAGUGAUUCUUGUGAUGUUUGGAUGAUGUGUACAUAACCUGGUAAAUUGUUUUUUUAAAACUCAGUGAUACUGAUUGUUUUUCCAAGAUUCAUUUGUAUUUUCUGGGAUAUUGAACAUAUCGAUUUUCACAUUGAGUAGAAUUUUAUUACUAGUAGUGUCAAUUUAUUAAUGUUAUCACAUUUGUGGGAGAAAGCUGCACUUACAUUUAUAAAGAAAAUGUGUGUGACAUAAAGGGUUAUUGGGUGUUGUGAUAAAACCAUUGUAAUUGGUCUGUUGUGUUACUUGAAAGUAGUAGUUACUUCAAAUAUAAAUAUGUUCAAUUACAAUAUGCCCUGUAUUUUAUUUGCACUGUAUUUACAUGAUUAGUAAAGCUAACACUAUUUGUUUCACUUUUAAUCAUUGGGCAUUCUAAAUAGCAGUAGAAUGAUAUAUUCAUCAUGUUCCAUAGUGUAGACUGACCAUUGUGUAGACUAUAGUUUAUGUUACAAGUUCCUAGACAAUGUGAUUUUGCAUUCAAGCAAAACUUUUCACAUGAUGCCCAGUAUAUCAGUUUUAUGUAUGUAUAUUUCCUUAUGUUCUAUUAAAAGGUCUUUGCACUGAAUUUCCGUGGCUACGUGUGGUGUUUACUCUAAAGUUGGCGAGUUUUUCACCAUAUUUUUUUUAUUGUCAAA